UCAUCAAACACACUUGUAUACAAAUCUCUGUCAAUGCAGAACACAGCUGACACUGAGGUUUAAUGAUCAGGCUCAUAAUGCACUUCACCGCUGCCUGUCUUUUAAGUUUUGCUCUUUAUAUUUCCAUUUGUAAAGUUCAUGCAGCAGACAACUAUAAUUAUGACUAUGACUAUGAUGAUCAAAAGUGCAGUAUGACAGAAUCCAUUAUUGGAGGUACAGUAAAAUACUCCAGAGAUGGUGCUGUGGGGAGUGAGGUAACCUACUACUGCAAAGAUGGAUUUAAACCCUACCCAAUCUUCAAAAAAAUCUGCAACUCUAAAGGAAAAUGGGAGCCAGAAAUCUCCAGGGUGAUAUGUGAAGAAGAAUCAGAUUAUGAUGAUAUUGAGGAACCCCAAAAGAACUGCUCUGUGGCAGAGAUUAUAAAGGGAGGCAGAGUUUCCUACUCCAAUGAAGGCUUGGAAGGCAGUGUACUGACAUACCACUGUAACAUUGGAUACUACCCUUAUCCAGUCAGCACGAGAGUUUGUAACUCCGGAGGGGAGUGGUCAAUCAUGAUACUGCCUAACGGCAAGACAGUGUCUACGGCUACAUGCAAAGACAUUCUAUGCCCAGGACAGCUUCAGCUGGAUAAUGGCCAGCUUUGGCCCAAGAAACAGUGGUUUAAAAUUGGAGAAGAGCAGGAAUUCUCAUGCAGGGAGGGUUUGACCUUGUCGGGUUCAGCCAAGCGGAACUGCACUGAAUGGGGCCACUGGACUGGUACUCUUCCAGUGUGCACUGAUCAAACUGAUGGCUGCAGAGAUCCAGGGAUUCCGCCUGGAGCUAUACGCUCUGGAGACCGCUUCCAGAUCGGUGACCAAGUGAAAUACCGCUGCCAAUCAGGCACAGAUUUACUGGGGCCUGAAGUAAGAGUGUGUCUGGAUUCAAAAGAAUGGAGUGGACCUGAGCCACGCUGCCAGGCCCCCUAUGUAUUUGAUUUACCAGCAAGUGUGGCUCAGGCCAUGGAUGGUUCUCUAUCUGCUGUAAUGGACGUUUCAUCUCCUGACUUCAAAAAGAAAGGUCCAAACUAUGGGAGAACCUUGAAAGUGGCAGAUGGUCGACUCAACAUUUUUAUUCUAAUAGACACGUCAGGAAGCAUUCAGCAGAGUCAGUUUGAGAGGGCAAAGAAGGCCACUGCUAGCCUUAUACGCAAGUUGAGUAGCUAUGAAGUUGAAAUGAAGUUUGAUAUCAUUUCCUAUGCCAGUGAGCCCCAACACAUUAUAACGGUUUUGGACAACUUGAGUGGCAACGUGGAUGUGGUCUUGAAGAGAUUGAAUUUGUUCAAACAAACUCAACAUGGGAAAAAGACUGGCACCAAUCUCUAUAAAGCCCUCAAAUCUGUGCAUGAGAGACUUGCCUUCCUGAAGUCAAAAAAUCAAAAUGAAUUCAAUGAGACUCAGAAUGUCAUUCUUAUUGAGACUGAUGGCUACACCAACAUGGGAGGCAACCCACAAUAUGUUCUGGGUUUGAUCCGUGAGCUCUUGGGCUACAAAAGCAGAUCUAUAGAUAACUCACACGAGGAGCUUCUUGAUGUCUACGUGUUUGGCAUUGGGGCGAGCGUUAAGAGGAGUGAGCUGAAAAGUCUAGCUUCCAGUAAAAUUAGAGAGAGACAUCUCUUUAUCCUAAACAGUUAUGAGGAUCUUGGGGAGGUGUUCAAUAGGAUGAUCAAUGAUUCUGCUGUAACCAAAUGUGGAGUAGCUCAUGAGCUGGUUUCUCCAAGAAUUGAUGCUGAUGAUGAUGAUAAUGACCUAUCUCAGGUUGCUUAUACCAGGCCUUGGCAUGUUUCUAUUAGCUGGCAAGCAAAGCCAUGCCAGGGCUCCAUUUUGACUGAGAACUGGGUGAUCACAGCUGCACACUGUCUGAUGAAACUAAAUGGUGUUUUGAUGGAACAGGCCAAUCCCAAGGAUGUGAUCAUUGAGCAUGGUGAUGGAAAAGUAGAUGCCUCAUUGAUAAUCCUUCAUCCAGAUUUUAAUGUCACAAAACUCAGGGACAAGAGCAUCAACGAGUUUUAUGACUACGAUGUUGCACUUAUUAAAGUGAGCAGUACGAUUAAGCUGUCCUCUAAGGCAAGGCCUGUUUGUUUGCCAUGUACAAAAGCUGCAAAUCGAGCUCUGAAGAUGACUUCUAUUUCUACUAGCUCUACCUGCAAGAAACACAAAAGUGCCCUGCUUGAUCUGCAGCAGACUCAAGCCUACUUUAUCCGUCAGGGGAAAACCCGAAAGUCGACUCACAUCCAGACUGGAGAAAAGAGAGGUGAUUGCAUUGAGCAGUUCAGACCAACCUUGGCUUCAAACAACCUGGUGUCUCUGACUGACGUGAUCACAGACAGGUUCCUGUGUACUGGAGGAUCACAGAAAUACAAGGAUGAUAUUACCUGCAAAGGAGACUCUGGAGGUUCCCUCUUCCUUCGUAAGGGAAUGCGUUAUUUCCAGGUGGGAGUCGUGAGUUGGGGCACAAAGUUAGUGUGUGAUUCGACUACCCCAACUGUUUCUGAGCCUCCUGUGGAUGCCCGUGAUUUCCACAUCAGUGUGUUCUCCAUUAUGCCUUGGCUUAAAGAGCACCUGGACAAAGAACUGGACUUCCUGCCAUUGGAAAACUGAAUUAAGCAGGAAAGUUGGACAAAAAUUUUAAAUAUAACCUGUUUUGGUAUCAUAAGACCUAAGAGAAUUAUCAUAAGGUAUAAAUUGCAAAUGUGUAUUAUUAUGUAAUCUGGCUAAACUACUAAUUAGCUACUACUGGUCUCAACUAUUUAUAUCUAUUUAAUUGUGUUGUUCAUUGAUCUCUAUUCUAUUCUAAUUAUUCAUGAUUCUCAAACCUUUCAAUCUCACAUAAAAUUUCUUAUGCAGGAAUAAGUGGCUUUUUUGUGUGUAUUUAAAGGCUAAUGUGUAUUCUAUUAUGCCUUGUGUUUUUAAAUUUUGGUGCAUGCUUGAGAAUCUAGCUCAUGGGAUAGCCUUCCUAGCAAGACACUUAGUUUUGACACAGUGAACCACGAGACUCUUUUGUCCACCCUCAUGAGUCUAGGAAUUCGUGGUGCAGCAGUUUGCAUCCUACCUGGAAGGUCAUAUCAGGUGACAUGGAGGGGAUCCACAUCCGCUCCUCACAGACUCUCCACUGGUGUCCCACAAGGCUCAGUACUUGGUCCUCUUCUGUUCUCCCUCUAUACUCGAUCUCUUGGUGCGAUCAUAUCCUCAUAUGGAUUUUCAUACCACUGCUAUGCGGAUGAUGUUUCUGCUCGGAUAUCAGCAUGUCUGGCAGACAUCUCAUCAGCUAAAACUUAAUAGCAGCAAAACUGAACUGCUGUUCAUCCCAGGUGAUGUCAGGAUCUUGCGAUCUCCCUGGACAACCCCUCUGAUCUUGCCUUUGGUUACUACACACAACUUUGGGGUAACCAUGGACAAUUAACUUUCCUUUUCCUCUCACAUUGCUAAGCUGGCACACUCAUGCCUAUUUCUCCUUUAUAACAUCAGAAGGAUUCGGCCAUUUCUUUCCACACAGGCCACUCAGGUGCUUGUUCAGUCCCUUGUCAUUUCAAGACUGGACUACUGCAAUUCGCUCCUUGCAGGUCUGCCUCUGAGUGCCAUUUGACCUCUGCAACUGAUCCAGAAUGCAGCUGCAUGACUGGUUUUCAAUCUUCCUAAGUUCUCCCACACCACCCCACUGCUAUGCUCCCACCAAUGGCCUCCUGUAGCUGCCCGCAUCAGAUUUAAAACAUUGAUGCUUGCCUACAAAGCCAAAAACGGACCAGCACCCACUUACCUCAAAGCGCUUAUCACAUCCCGCACUGCACCACGCUCCCUCUGAUCCUCUAGCACUGCUCGACUGGUCCCACCAUCUCUCAGGGCCCAAGGAAGGCAUGCAUCGAGACUCUUCUCUGUUCUGGCACCUAGGUGGUACAAUGAACGUCCCCUAAAUGUCUGAACAGCUGAGUCACUGGCAGUCUUCAAACCACGUCUAAAGACUUACCUCUUCCUAAAGUACUUAAAUUAGCAGUUAAAAUAAAUAAAAUAAAUAAAUAAAUAAAUAUGUAUUGUCUGAGCGCUUGUUACUACAUUACCUCCCCAACAGAGUUUUUGGACUGAAGGUAUUCUUAGUUUGUGACCUAGCGAACCAGUAUCAGAAUGUAUUUAUUGAUAGAGACUUCAAAGCACUUUUGUAAGUGGCUCUGGAUAAGGGCAUCUGCCAAAUGCCAUAAAUGUAAAUGUAGUUAUGUAUGUAACUGUGGUUCUGUGAACCCCUAAUAACUAUGGGUGUAACGAUACAUCAUGACAUGAUGCAUCGCGAUUAAAAAAGGUGAUUACAGUAUGUGCAUUGUGGAAAUCAGCAUUCUAGUAAUUAUGCGUCUAAGGCAGAUGCACUGUUUGAACAUCAGUGGUCCCAAGCUGCACAUUCCAUACAGUUAAAAUAUAUAGAGCGCAUGCUGAUCAAGUGACCGCAUUCUUUUUCAUGGAAAGCCCCCAAGAUCUGUACUUGAAGUCCAAUAGCCAAAUAGAUCCAGAUUGCAACAACCAACACAUGUUAAAUGUUAUAUGGUUACAUAACCUUCUUAUAACACAGUUAAAAUGCUCUCCAGUAGCUUUUGAAAACAACACCAAAGGCUGUAUAAAUCAGGAAUUUUAGCCGACUUUGGAGCUCUAUUUCUGCUAAGGAGCUCAUGAUUUCAAUCCUUUUCCCCAGGUCAGGAACUUUGUUUCUUGUUUCUAUCAAAAUAUUUGGGAGAAUUAAUAAAUUGAUUUAUUUUUAAGAUAUGGUGAACCUGUAGUACAUUUUGUUUACAAUAUCAAAUAUUAAAUAAAUUGAUUUUAGUUUUAUACAUAUCAAAAUGCACAUUGUUUUGCGUUAUUCAGAAAUAAAAAAGGAGUCUUUUCAGUCAUCAUUUCUCUUUGUUCAAAAUAACCUGAGAAUUGAAUCAAAUCGAAAUCCUGAAGCCAGUAUCGUGAAUCAAAUCAAAUCCGGAGUGUAUCGUUACACCCCUACUAAUAACUCUUUUUGUGCACAUGCAUGCCGAUUCCUUCCAACAAAAUCAUGCUGUUAUGAUGCAGCAUUUGCCAUAGAUAUUGCCAUCAUGUUUCCCAGUCACCAUUUUCCAUGGUGUCAGGAUCAGAUGGUUGCUGUUUGGACUAAGUAGUACGAUAGAGUGCAUACAGGGCAACAAGGAACGCUCUGUAGGCAAUUGAUUUACAAAGCUGGGGAUGGCAGAACCCUAAGUUUACCCACAAGGUCACCUCAGUGUCAGUGCCAGCAAUGCAUACAAGGUUAGCUUAUAGCUAAGGUAUGCAGUUUUCCCACUCUUUCUGCCAAAGUAAUUACUUAGGCUCAUAAAGAGAUAAGGAACUUAAGGGACUCCAGCACAAGUGGGAGAUCCUACACUGUGCUCUUGGGGAACCAUGAAAGAUGGAAGCAUACGUUUAUGAGCCGCAAGAGAAAUGCCAUUUUGAUGAAUGCAGAUGGAAUAACUUAAUCUGUCUGAUUUAACUCAAAAGAUCAGUCAAAGCCCUGCAAGCAAAAUCAGUAUGUAAAUAAUACAUGGAGACAUCUGGGGUUUUUAUAAUAUAUAAUCUUUAUUUCAGUUUCUUUGAUACUUUUUAAUGUGGAAUGUUGCACUAUAGGCUGGGCAGCGUGUCCUCAGACAGAAUGCACUUUUGUCAAAUAAACUAAAAAGCAAUCAGUGUAACCCCAUACAUUUUAAUGUUGCAUUAACAUAGACUAUCAGUUAAGAAAAUGUACACUUGGUGACUUAAAUAAUCACAAUAUAUAUUUAAAAAGAAAAAAAAAACAGGAAACGUACAAAAUUACAGAA